AUGGAUCUCUCGCGCUAUUUCCAUCAAGAUGAGUUUGAUCAAUUGGACGCAUUGUUCAGGGCCACACUCAAAGAGGAUGCUGCGCUGGUCUUCUGGACUGGUAUAUCACCAACACUAGCCAAGACUUGGGCCGACAAAAAGAACCUGAAGACUUUGACAACGGCAAUGGGCUCAUUCUAUAGCGACCACGGGUCAGCCAGUCUCCGGUCUCGAAAAUCUAAGAAGUCAUGGUCUACAUUCAUGAAAGGAGCGUCUGGAGUGUUCGCGCAACAUGCGUGCUACAGCCGGCAUGCUAUUGUGCUCACAAAGCCGCCGCCGAACAUCUAUAGCACAAGACCGGGUUCGAAUUAUCGCAACAUCGAAGAGCCGAUACUCAAAGGGUUUGGAAGCGACAUACGUACAAUACGCAUCGACUAUGCGCAUCCCGUAGUCACUGGCGCCGAAUGUUUCGUCUAUCAAAGAUGGCCAGAGGAUAGAUCAUGCGAAUGG